AUGGUUCGACUAACAGUGGAUCUAGUUGCUAAAAGCAUCAAUCACAAAAACCGCAAAGAAGAAUCUCUGGCACAGUACCUGAGAAAGAUAACUCACCUGAACUUAUCAGAUAAAAAUAUUGAUACAAUUGAUGACCUCUCUUUGUGCAGAAAUCUUAAUGUCCUGUAUUUGUAUGAUAACCAAAUUAGACAAAUCCAUAACUUGUGCUUUGCUUCAAAUCUAACACACCUGUACCUGCAAAACAAUUGCAUUUCAUGUAUAGAGAACCUCACAUCACUGAAAAAACUUGAGAAACUGUAUCUGGGGGGCAAUUACAUCACAGUAGUAGAGGGCUUGGAAACAUUAGAAGAACUGAGAGAGCUACAUGUUGAAAGCCAGCGGCUUCCUCUUGGAGAAAAGCUCUUGUUUGAUCCAAGAACUCUUCAUUCCCUGGCAAAAUCUUUGUCAGUGUUGAAUAUCAGCAAUAACAAUAUAGAUGAACUGGGAGAAUUAGCACUUCUGGAAAAUAUUUCUCAUCUUAUAGCAGUUGACAACCAACUUCACCAUGUGAAGGAUUUGGAGUUUGUAUUGAACAAAUGGACCAAGCUGUGCAGAAUGGAUCUUAAAGGGAAUCCUGUUUGCCGCAAACCAAAAUACAGGGACAGGCUUAUUAUACAGUCAAAAACUCUAGAAUCCCUUGAUGGGAAAGAAAUAAAAGAAAUGGAAAGACAAUUCCUAAUGAAUUGGAAAGCAUCCAAAGCCUCUAGGAAAAAAAGCAAGGAAGAGAGCAUGACAAAUGAGCAUGCAGCUUAUCCACAUUUCUAUGACUUUGGAACAGGCCAUCCCAUUGUUCCUGUUUAUUACAAUCCUUCUGGAAAAGGAAAACCAAAAUUUGUUAUUUUAUCUGAGCUACAUAGGUCUCCACAUAACAGAGAAGAACCUCUGCAAAGACCCCAGGAAGGAAGUAAUGUUAAUGUUAGCAAAAAAAUCAGGUAUGUUCCCCUAAAAGAUCCUGGGUCCAAUUCUGCUAUGUACACUUGUAUGGCUCUCACUGAAGUAGUUGGAACUAAGGGUACGACUACACUAUGA